UAAUGCUUUGCGAGUGACACCGCGGCGAGCAAAUGCAGCUCGCGUGGGCUCGCCACCCUCUCGGCGCUAUUUGCGUGUAACACAGAAUUGGGAGCGCGCUAGAGUUUUGUUGUUUACGCCGAGAUGGCGGAAAUGAGGGAGAAUGACAGAGCUGCGUUGUGCUUCUUGUUAAUACUCGCGUUGUGUGCGAGGGUUUACUCGGCGAAUGCCAGACACAUAAUCACUAAGAGAAAUUACAGCGAUCAAAGUGUCAGAGGCUAUCUGGCGGAGAGGACCUGUUGGUGGAACGAAGUGUGCAAAGAAGAGUUCCACAGUAAGUUUCGCUGUCGCUGCCCGAGAUGGUCCUAUUGCCGUGCACCGGGACGAUAUUACGACGCGCACUGCAGCAUGACACGCACCGGCUACAUAUGGACUCAACCGGAGACGUCGCUGAGUCUCGAAAUGGACAAAUAAGCAACACCGGAACGUGUGCGAGACGCGAGCGGAAGAAAUCAAAUCUUUCUCAUUGAAAAUCAAAACCGACGACAUGUUAGAGUUUUCGCGGAUCGUUUAUUCACCAGUUAAAGACACAAUUGUGUCCAAGAGAGAGUGUUCAUCCCUUUUAUUAGCAGCUAUGUUCGGAGAGAGAGAGAGAGAGAGGAAGCUCGUGGGACGUGGGUCAUCGAGUUUGGAAGAGACGACGGUGUUCGGAAUGCGUCGGAGCUGAGAGGGCAAUAGUAAUUAAUUUAUAUAAAUUAUAUAGCACAUCGACACUUGCGCUGCCAAGAUUUUACAGUUACUGUGUUAAAUAAAUCGCUCUAUUAAUCCACCAAUAAAGUUAUGAUAAUGCAA